GUUGGGUGACUUGAUUCGACGCAAGCCAUACUGACCUUCAACGUAUCAUAGAGGGCGACGAAUCUCCCUGAUGGGUGCACUACAUUUGAUUACCUUGCAUGAGCAAAGCUUCAAGUAAGUGGGAAUCUGCAUAUGCCUGAGAAGAAACUGGCCUAUACGAAUUUAAUUGUAUGACGUCGGGGUGGAGAGCUUGAUCAUCUAACCUCACAAUGAGAGGUGACUAUAACGUAAGGUCACUUCAUACCCCAGAGUUCAGCAAACGCAAACCUUCCAUUAAUUGCAAGAACGAGAUUCAACAACUUUUGUGUUUCGUGCAAAGAAGGCCGGAUAGAUAUCAAUAACAUGGGAUCACGCACUCGAGACGAACUUCUUUCAUACCGCAUCCCGGACCCCGCACUGUUAGCUCAAUUGGAGGAAAACCCGAUCAGAGACCCCCAGCCCUCAGAUCCGUACUAUGGCAGAGACAGCCACUCUGCCAGACGCGCCCAUCGCGCCGCCACGCUGCGCGAGAAACACCAUCUCCGAUACCUGCCAGGACCCAUCCCGGACGAGGUUGAAGAGGAGGACCGCAUGAUCCCUGUCCGCAAGGGCGCACAGAUACGCGUCCGGAUCUACACCCCGGCGAAGCCACCCGACGCCGAAAAGGGGCGGCCGCUUAUCGUCAUGUACCAUGAAGGCGGCUGGAGUAUGGGCGAUCUGAGCGACGAGGAGGUCAACUGCCGGCUCUUUGCGAGGGAUCUGGGGGCUGUUUGCGUCAACGUCGAGUACCGGCUCGCGCCGGAACACCCCUUCCCGACGUGGAUCAACGAUUCUUGGGACGCCUUGCAGUGGGCAGCGGAGAACGCCGCCUGUCUCGGCGCCGAUCCAUUGGCAGGCUUCCUAGUCGGCGGCGGCUCGGCCGGAGGCAACAUCGCCGCUGUCCUUUCCCACGUGGCACGCGACGAGGACCUCAGCCCUCCGCUGACUGGUCAGUACCUCUGCGUGCCCGCCAUCACCUGUUUCCUGCCGCCCGACCAGAUACCCGAAAGAUACCGCCCCGACUAUCUGUCCCACCCCUCGGUCACGCCAUCGACUGAUCCGGUACUGAAGCUCAAAGGUGGAGAGAAUCUGAUGAAGAUUUUGAAGGCUGACCCAGAGUCCCCGCUCAUGGUACCGUUCCAUUAUGGCAAGACGGAAAGGGGGCAUAAGGGGGUACCGCCGGCGUAUUUUCAGGUUUGUGGGCUGGAUCCCCUGAGGGAUGAAGCGUUGAUCUAUGAGAGGAUUUUGAAGGAUGAAGCCGGGGUCAAGACGAAGUUGGAUCUAUACAAAGGGCUUGGUCAUUACUUUUGGACCAACUGGCCGGGAUUAGAGACGAGCCGGACAUUCGUUGAGGAUACUGUCAAGGGCGUGAAAUGGUUGUUAGAGCAGGGAGGGAAGUGAUGGGGUUCGAGGACUCGCAGAUCCCGUGAGUACGGUGUAGUUUUAGCAGUAUCACGAAGGGGAGGCUCCGGUCAGAAUUCUAUGACGUGAGCUGUGAGGCUCCACUAUAUGUGAUUGCAUAUUCUGUUUGUAAGCCCACGCAUAUGGCCUGUUCCAUGAUAGGGAAACCAUAUAUCCUGGAAAUCACGGCUAUUGUUAAUACUGAAAAUCACUCUCAGAUUUUAGAAUCCUGCGUGGCCCAAUUUGGUUACUC